GUUGUGAAAGUGUUCUUCAUCAGAUCAUUAUUUAAUUACAACAUUGUUGACAAGUGUCAAUGUGACAAAAGUUGAUCAAAUUAAUCCAAAGUCUUUUGCACUUGUUCUUCGGUUGAAAACCCAAGAAUGAAUUAUAAACGAGGAAGAGUCUAAUUUUAAACAACCGAUCGAACAAUUACGGCGAACCCUCGUUGCGAUGCGGAAUAAUUUAAACCUAAAUAAAAUCUAUAGGAAUAGGCGUGGGAUCGACGGAUAAAUCAGUGGCUUCAUGUUGAAGAUAAUAUUAUUCAGAUUUUAUCGGACGUUAAAGUCAUCUGAACUAUAAUGUCCGAUGAAAGUGAUGUGAAAAAAUGUGAAUAAACGCUCGAGAUUAAUUUUCAACAUUCCUUCAGUAUAACCUCUCAGUAUUUUGUUAAUCAGUAUUAAUCAUAACAAUAAUUAUUUUAAUCAAAGUUAUAAGGACUGCUUUGACACAAUGACCUUAAGUUCAUUUAUAGUGAAAAUAAAAAUGAAUGAUACAUUCCACAGGGUUUUUACUUUAUUUAUCUACUGACUUCGUUGACAAAUUUUCAUUUUGCUUAAAUUCAAUAAAUGUCAAAAAUUAUUGUUGAGAGAAAUGGACGUGUGGUGGUUCUCCCGUGUGGUGGCCCAUCAUCCUUAUUUAAUUUUGAUAGCAGUCUUUGUAUUUUCGUCAACUUUUUUAAUUGUGCCAUUUACGACCAAAAAAUUUCCAGAUUUCUCUGAUCCACAACUGGGAUUUGAAGCUAGAGGCACAGUUCUUGCUCAAAGAAUAACAGCAUGGCAAAAUUUAAUGGAGGAAUCUCGUCCUCGAGGAGAAUUUGUGGACAAUCCUUUGGAGUACUAUCACUAUAUACAACACAUGAAUCAACAGAAUGAAACCAAUUUCCAGAAUCGCCCAACGAAAGGACCUCGAAAGAAAAAGGGUAAGAACAAAAAUAAGCAGAAAGAGAAAAAGCACGAGAAGUUCAAAAACGAAACGAGUGAUAAGAUAAAAGAUAAAUGGGAAGAGCUUCGGGAAUUAGGAAGCAAGAAUCAUUUAGAUGGCAUAGACGAUCUUGAAGGUCAGUCAGACAACGAUGGAUUUUUUUGCAAUCUUCCUAGCUCGGCCUAUGCCCGCGUUGUUUUACGUUAUGAGACUGAAGAAAAAAGUUUGUGGUCUAUGGAAGGUGUCUUAGCUCAAUGCCAUAUUGACGCCGCACUUCGUUCCAAUGCAGGAUUUAUAUCCUUGUGCCAAACGCAAUCAGAAAAUGGUGCCGGGGCUCAGAAAUGUUGUAGAAGUUGGUCCCCCGCGAACUUCGUGGCUCUUCUUUCCAAUAGAAGUUCUUGCCUUGGAGUCACUGAAUCCGACCUUGGGCGGGUCGAAAUUCUUCUUCAGAGAUGCGCCUACUUUUAUCACAAUUUGCAAUUAACUCCAGAUUGCGCGGAGGAUCUCAAUUGUCAGAAACGAGUUCCAGUUGACUGUUAUGCUCACAAUGCACCGUAUCAUCUCCUGCAUUAUCUUCUAGACGUAGACUUCAUCUCGGUGAAUAAACAAGGCUCAGUGAGCAAGUUAAAUACGACUCUUCGAUCGGCGAUGUUAAUGCUACCAAUGGCUGCUAGUUCCGCAACUCUGGACUUUUACAAAGGCUUGAAUUUCGCUGGAUUAAACUACGGAAAGUUUCGCGUGGUCGCCAUCGAGUUUGGACUGAAAAGUACUCUCUUUGAUCGUCUCCUAGUGUCGGAUUCAUCCCUCUUACUAUCCGGAUUUGCUUUCAUCACAGUUUGCAUCUGGGCUUACACCACUUCCCUUUUACUUACUGUCACAACAAUCCUCGCCGUUACAUUCAGCCUUGGAAUUUCCUACGCAAUUUACACCCUGGUUUUAAGGAUAAAUUUCUUUCCAUUCAUGAACUUGUUGGCAGUUGUGGUCGUCGUUGGUAUCGGAGCCGAUGACGCGUUUAUUUACUGCAAAGUGUGGGAGAGCAAUAAACAACACAAAUUAACGAAUGGUGGAAUGGAGAGACUAGUGCAAGAAACUAUUAAUCAUGCGCUUCCUUCGAUGUUUACUACCUCUUUGACAACGGCUGUGGCCUUUUUUGCUUCUAUUGUUAGCAAUGUGACUGCUAUCAAUUGUUUUAGUUUAUUUUCAGGAAUGGCAGUGAUAGCGAAUUUCUUCCUAAUGGUCACGUGGCUGCCAGCGAGCGUCGUGGUAUCAGAACACUGCCGUCUCUCUUUUCUGACACCGGCUCACUUUGUAGUUAGAAAAAUAAUCAAGCCUUUGAGACUGUUCAUGGAUAGAGUUUCGAAUGGUUUCAGCAACUGUCUCACACAAGUGAGUGUCAGCCUAAGAUGGUUGUGGUUUAUCAGUUUGGGAGGAAUUUCCAUAGCAGGAUGGAUGGUAGUUUUUAGAUAUCCUGGCCUACAAUUACCAGACUCGCCGAGUUUUCAAUUAUUCGAUAGCUCGCACCCUUUCGAGCAGUACGACCUGAUUUACUCAAAGCGGUUUUGGUUCGAGAAACUCGAAAUGGGCGAUGGAGGAGAAGUUCUUCCACUCAGAUUCGUCUGGGGCAUAAAACCAGUUGACCAUGGCAACUACUUGGAUCCAGCAGCCAGAGGUACCAUUGUUCCAGACGAAAGUUUUGACAUCACCCAUCCGAAAUCUCAACAAUGGCUGCAACAGUUUUGCCGGAACCUUCGCAGUCAAUCUUUUUACCGGAGCACUCUUGGCCCGCUCCUUCCCAACUGUUUCAUCGAUACUCUGCGAGAUUGGAUGGAACGACGCUGUGAGGAUCCUGCCGACCCUGACGCAGACAGAAUGCCUUGUUGCGAACGGAAUAAAUUCCCCUACAAACCUAAAGUUUUACGAGAGUGUGCAGCGGAGGCAAAUUAUGAACUUCAUCGGACUCCAUCUCAUUUGUGGUCUCGUGGAGCUCCACUCACAGCCGGUCUGAAAUUCCAGAGGGAGCCAAUCGAAGCUUCUGCUUUGUCAAAUAGUACGAAGAAAGUUCCAUUUCUCCCUGAAAUAAAAGCCUUGGUGGUCGAAUACGAUAGCGCUUUUGAGUAUAGCCUCUCUUUUGCAAAAAUGAAUCAGUUUUAUAAUCAAGUAGAGACCUGGAUGCAAGAACAACUUGCAAAUGCUCCACCAGGCAUGAAGGGCGGUUGGUUCGUUAGUCGUUUGGAGUUUUACGAACUACAAAAAACUUUAUAUGAGGGAACUAUUUGGGCAAUGGGAGUUUCGAUGAUACUGGCGUUAACUGUUCUUGGCUUCGUGACUCUGAAUAUCCUCGUCAGCCUUUAUGCGAUUAUAGCAAUUGGGAAUGCAAUAGUUGUCACGGUUGCUGGAUUGGUUCUUCUAGGAUGGAGACUUAAUGUUUUAGAAAGCGUUGCAGUUUCCACGGCUAUAGGAUUAGCCAUUGAUUUUACCUUGCAUUACGGAGUGAGUUACCGGGCCUGCAGUCUAGAAAAAAGUGUAGACCGAGUUACAAUGGCACUAAAGCAAAUGGGAGGCCCGACUUUAAUGGCAGCAAUCACGAGUGGAGCGGCUGGUGCACUAAUGUUGCCCUCACACGUGCUAGCCUAUAUCCAAAUUGGCGUAUUUUUACUCUUAGUUAUGGGAGUUAGUUGGAUGUAUGCAACAUUCUUUUUCUGUCCUCUACUUGCAAUCGCAGGUCCCUCGCCAACUUACGCUCAGUUUCAAUAUCUAAGUCUUUGGAGAACCUUAUUCAACAUCCGAAUAUACGAAGAAGAGAAUAGGACAGAAGUGGGCAUAGAAGUAAGUACAAAUCGACGAAGAGGCAAAGGAAGAGGAAUGCUCUCAGAAUCGACUCUGAGCACAUCCAGUACAGUUUGUCAGAUUCACUGUGGUGAAUUGGAAGCCCUCGCUGUUCGUCCUCCUUCGCCAUGUUUGCCCCCAUCCCCAACCUCGACUCUGCUUCACCUCGAAUCAAGUCAAAUGAACUUGAAAAUAAGCAAUCGUCGAAAACACAAUAAUGAUCUCGAAUGUAUGGAGAGGCCGAAACCAGAAUUUCAUAAAAGUCGAUGGCUAGAAGCAAUUUGGGAACCAGGAGCGCUAAUUUAUUCACUGCCUGGAGGAAUUGAUAUGAUUGACAUAUCCGGUGAUGGAGAUGCAAGACUCAUUACAACUGAUUUAGGAAAUUCGAUUCAUGAUACUGCAAGGCUUCGGGUAUUCAAGGAAGGGGAUCAAGUAACGGAACAUAAUAUGGUAGAUAUUCCUUGUGGAGUCGUAGGAUUUUAUUCCGAAAAUGGAGAUACUAAAUCGGCUGCUGUAGCUGUUGGAGCUGGUUCCAGUGUUUAUAUUUUCAAAAAUAUGAGGCCUCAUUUUAAAUACUGCUUACCAUAUUUAGACGCUCAUCCGAAGGAAAGAGAGAUUUGGCAUAAAGCAGGAUUGGAGGAUGAAUUAAACGUUUUAACUUUAGCUGAUGAUCUGGAAUUAGUUCUCCAGGAAUUAGGUGCUGGAUUUAUGUCCCCUCGUACGUUGAAAUUUCUUGCCAUGGAUCAAAAUCUUCGAGCAAGCUUUGCAGAACAAUAUCGAACCGUGCCAUUAACUAAAAUGAAUGCUAUCACUACAAUUGGCACUGCUAGGAAAGAUUCAUGGAAUGACUUUCCUGGUAGUUUAAUACUCAUCGGUACAGAAUCUGGAGAAAUUUUCAUGUUAGAUCCUAGAGCCUUUUUUGUAGUUGAAAAGCUCGUAAUCGGUUGGCCACCAGUUUCUACAACUUGCACGGGAUUAUGGACAGGUGAUGGGCAAAUUAUUGUGAUAGGAAGAGACGGACAACUUGGUUCAAUAAAAAAAGGCCGUUCUUUUAAAGAAUGGGACCGUUUAUCUGCACCGAUUGUUUCUAUCGCUCCUCUCACAUGUGAAGGAGCAGCUGCAGUUUUGAUGGAUGGCACCUAUUAUGGAUUUUCCAAAGCUGGUAUUAAAAUGUGGAAAAUUAAUUUGCCAGGAAUGCCUUUGGAUUUGGUGAGCUUGCCUGUGCGACAAAGCGUCGUUUCUUUAUUAGCUGUUAGUGUUGCUGGAAUAGGUGUCAAAAUUUAUGAUGAAAAGAAUCAUGUGGAUACAAUUAAAAUGAUGGAUUCAGUCUCUGCGAUGAAGUAUGGUCGACUGGGGCAAGAAGAGCGAGCAAUGUUGAUGGUGACAACAGGAGGAGGACUCUGUGUAAAAAUUUUAAAACGUACAGCCGACUUCAGUGUCCGAUCCACGACAUCUGCAAACAUCAGCAGUGAAAGCAAUUUUGCAAUUCCAAAGAAGACUCGACUUUUUGUGGAACAAACAUUACGAGAGAGAUCAGAAGCGACGAAAAUCCAUAAAACCUUUCAGCAGGGUUUAAUUCGUCUAAGAUUGAUAGUAGCAAAAAAGGCCUAUGAAGCAAUGACUUCGAAGCAAAAAUCGAUCUACCAUCCAAUUUCAUUGGAACCUACCGUUGUUGGUCUAGGUCCCAGAUACAGGAUACGAACACUAGUGACAAAUGUAACCGAUGAACGCUCAGAGAAUCAACUAUUUUUUGUUUAUAAAACUAAUAAUGUAGAUUGUCGACCUCGAGUUACGAAUGUUCCGAUUUUAGCUCCUGGUAUUCCCAUACCGUUUAGUUCAAUUGCGACCUUAAUUGAUGCAAACCUUCCAGGGAAAGUACAAAUACUUUUGUGCAAAAAAGGAAAUGCAAAGCCUCUUCAAAUUGUCACUGUUAUGCUACCUGUUGCUGAGGAUGAUAUUGAAAUAUAG